AUGGCGACGUACGGUGAUACAUUAAAUCAAACAUUUCCUGGAAUAUCAUCAAAUGAAGAUGGAGAAUUGCAUCGUACGUUUCAUACUCCAUCGAGUAGCACAAAACCGACUGGUUUGAAUUUCGAACAACAGUUUUUGUUUGAUAACGCCUUUCAUUCUAUAACGUAUCAACCAGCAACUGUUUCAUGUCAACAAAUCACAACAGAACAUCUCGAUCGUUUAUGUUACUCUCCCAAGCCAUUUGUGUCUCCUCGUUUUUCGUCCCAAUCGCAAUGCCAAUUAACCUCGUUGCCAAAUAAUCGUUUGAAUCCAUUUCGUGCCUUUCUCAUUGUUAAUCGUUUAACAUCAGCGAUCGUAAGUGUCAAUCGUCAAGCAUGUGAAUACUUCUGGUAUACAGAAAGUGAAUUGAAAAGCAAAACAAUCGAAAACUUAAUCGUCGAUCAGAAAUCGUCAUCAGUCAUCGCUGAUUCCUUUCUCAGCCAACAAAGCGGACAAACAAAGAUUCUUGCUGGAAAAAUUGUUCACGUUCUUCUCGGUACCGGUGAACGCGCGCGCUUUUCUCUAUUCAUCCAAGAUCUCGAAGGCGAACAAAACCCUCUACGUUUCUACGCAUUUGAACCUAUACAUAUCAUGCAAGCCAAGAUCACUUGUGAUAAACAAGGUGCGAUUCUUUCGUCAGAUCACUAUUUUGCCAUUCUAUUCCAUAAUACCAUGAUUGAUCAUUAUCAACAACAUACGAACGAAACUCGUCACAUCGGAGAUUUCAUUCCAACGUUGAAAGAUAAAUUCAAAUUCAAGCAAUUACUAACCCACCGAACAUACCGAACAACUGGGUUAUUGAAUACCGAAAAGAAUCUCUCCAUACCAUUGACGAUUACGUUAUCGAAAGUCAAUGACGAAAAUAUUGAAUUGAACCUUUCGAUUAUGUCGAAUGUUAGCGGACUGAUUAUGUUAGAUGAAACAUAUACAAUUCGAGCAUAUAAUCCUUAUUUUGUACAAUGUUUACUUGGCUUUCGAUCCCUCGAAUUAAUAAAUCAUCAUGUUACAGAGAUACUACCUGAAUUCAAUGAAUUGAAUGGUACACAGUCGACCAACCUUUCGAUGAGUACAACCAAUGAACAUGAUGAAGAAAAUCUCUCGUGUCAAUCGUUAAUCGGCGAUGAUGAAGCAAAUACAAGUGAUGGUUCGUCGAGUACGCUGAAUGACUCAUCGAUCGAUACAACACCCCAGUCACCUCGAGUUUUAAAUUCAGUUGAAAACAAAAUGAACGAUGAAAAGAUUCAAUCGACUUCAUUUCCAGUAGAUAAACGAUUGAAUGCUGCUGGAAUUUCUUCAUUUAAAACUACAUCCACCCCAGUAGCUAAAUCGACAAUGAAAUCUGAGUUAAAAGUCGAUUCAGACGAACAAACAGUUUUCCUACAAACCAUUGGAAAACAUAAAAACGGAACGUUCAUCGGUGUUACAUACACCUUACGUCGUCUGGAUCUAUCUGACGGUACAUAUCGAUAUUGCAUGUGGCUAUCACGUGAUAACACUGAUCCACAUUUAAUUGAAAUGCAGAAAUUACUUGAUCACAAUCAAUCGAUCAUUCCAAUUGAUGAUUUAUCCAUAUCUGGUUUGAACACAUCUCUGUUGGCAAAUGAUACUCAAACAUUCGAGUCGAAAUACGUCAUCACACGGCAGAGAGGCCGAGGUGGCUACGGGCAAGUUUAUUUAGGUUAUGAAAAAAGUAAUGAAUCAAACAAGGUUGUGAUUAAAUUUAUCAAAAAGACAAAAGUUAAACUUCAUCGGUAUGUGGAAAGUUUUGAACCCAAAAAUCGUAUUUUAUUCGAAGUGGCAGUACUCAAACAAUUAAAACAUCCAAAUAUUGUCGAAAUAUUGGAUGCAUUCGAUACGGAGAACUAUGUUCAAAUGAUAAUGCCACUGCAUGGUCAAGGAAUCGAUUUAUAUGAAUUUAUUGAAAAAGGUGCUAAAAUUGACGAAUCCUUAGCUAGUUAUAUAUUCCGCCAGGUAGUCGAUGCUGUUAGUUAUCUACAUCAUAAUCACAUCGCUCAUCAAGACAUCAAAGAUGAAAAUUUAAUCAUCAAUGAAGAUUUUCACAUCAAACUAAUUGAUUUCGGCUCAGCGAUAUCGAUAACACAAGCAGAUAUGUAUACCAGUAAUUUUGGUGGUACUACAGAAUUCUGUUGCCCAGAAUUCUUUCAAACAGGAAGUUGUCAGCCAUUCGUAGCUGAUAUAUGGGCGAUGAUGGUGACUUUGUAUGUAAUCAUCUUUCGUCGAUAUCCAUUUCUAAAUCCAGACGAGAUCAAACAUUGUCAAUUGGAUAGACGAUUCGUUCAAUCACGUGUAUCCGACGAACUUUAUGAUUUAUUCACUUCAACACUUAUUCGUCAGCCAUACCACCGUUUAACUAUGCAAGAAAUUCAACGGCACGAUUGGGUUCAGCAACCAUUUCAAAAAGAAUUUUAUUCUUGGUGUGCUGUCACUCAAAACUCCCUAGAGGAAACAUUUUUAACUGGUAACAAUUUACCAAGCAACGACGACAAUGAUGAAAAUAGUAAUAAUCAUUCGUUUGCUAGUUUGACUCGUCGUAUUGAAAAUCAAUUUCAUUUAUACGACAAGACGAAGAAAGAUACCAAAUCAGAUAAGAACAAUCUCUUUGCUUAUUUAAAUUGUAAACAUGCUUCAAUUUAA